GAUUUAGACAUUCCUCAAUAAAUUAAACAUACCAAUCAAACAUAACAAUCAAUCAGCAGUACACAUGUUUUGGCAUUUAUUGUGGAAUGCUUUCAUUGACAAUUUGAAAUAUCUGAUGCAAAGAAAAAUGGUGAAUGACUGUUUUUUUUUUUUUUUAACUUGUAACUUUGUAAAUUUCUUGUUCCUUUGGUACAUGUAGUUUCAAUUUGUUUGUAUUUCAUUUUUGAUAUCAUUUCGUUGUCGUACGAAGUCCAGCGAACGAGAUUACAGCUUGCUAUGACGAAGGCAUUGUAAUAAUAGGGGUGGAUGUCAUUUUGUACACCCAAUACACACUUAAGACGGAGGCUUGUGAUAGAAAUACAUUCUUUUUCUUUUCUUCAGCUGUGUGUAUAGUGCUGUAUUCUUAUGCUUCGUAUUGAACAUUUGAACAUACUGUACGCAAUUACAGAGGUGCAUUGCAGUGUUUAUGUGGUUGAAAUGUUGGAAAAUCAGCACAGAUAUUGAUGUCGCCGUGCUUUGCAAAUCCAUCCAGACCGUAGUAUAAACACCACACAAAAGAAUGGCCGACCCAGAGGUCUCACAAGCAGCAGUCCCUAAUGAGUCCGCAGCUGCACCCCCCGCCCCACAGAGGGCGCUGCGGAUGGCGGGGGAGGAGGAGGAGGAGGCAUUGGAGGUGCCUUUGCAAAUGCGGGCACCAACAUGAAGAACAAGAUAAGCGACGUGAUGGAUAAAAUUCCUUUUCCAACAUGGGCUGUGGUAGCCAUUGCCAUUGUGGCAGGCCUUAUACUCCUCUGUUGCUGCUUCUGUAUCUGUAAAAAAUGUUGCUGUAAGAAGAGGAAAAAGAAGGAAGGCAAGAAAGGCCUUAAGGGGGCCGUCGACCUGAAGAGCGUCCAGAUGCUGGGCAACAGUUAUAAAGAGAAGGUUCGAUCGGAAGUGAUUGCUACCUACGCCCUCUACGGCUUUGCCAACAUAGGCUCUGUAGGCAUUGUACUAGGUGCUUUAGGACCUAUGGCGCCCUCAAGGAAGGGUGACUUAGCAGCAGUGGCAAUUUGAGCCCUAAUCGCUGGAACGGUCGCUUGCUUCAUGACUGCAUGCAUCGCAGGUAUCCUCUAUGUACCAGAAGACAUUCCUUUUA